UUGCGUGACAUGGCCGAAACCCGGCGGGAAUAGCGACAUGAGCGCUGCGUCGUUUUUAUUAGUAAUUUUGUUUCGUAUGCUUCGUAAACCUCGCAUGUUUGUUCUAUUAUGGAUUCGAUGAAAUAAAACUGUUCGAUCGUAGGUGUUUCGUGCGCGUUAUUUAUUUGUAGCAUCGUUUGUUAGAUUUGUCAACAGUGUGAACUAGCCUUGUGAAAAACGACGAUAUUUUAGCGGCACGGUCCGCCAUUAUUGGCGUUCAGGGCAGCGUUCACCGAAGGUUUCUCUUGUUUACAGUGCGAAAACUACUCCUACAACUUAAACGUUCACAAAAUCUGCGAUGGCACGCAGUCGUAAAGACAGCACGGGCAAAAGCGACUCCGAGGCCACCGACAAAGAGAACAAGAGGGAAAGAGGUCGAGAAAGGGAAAGAAAGAAACGUGCUGCCUCUUCAACCAGUAGCGGCAGUAGUUCCUCCGACAGCAGUUCUGGAUCAUCGUCCACGAGUAGUGGAAGUAGUUCCAGAUCGAGCUCUACAUCUAGUAGCUCCUCUAGUAGCUCUGGAAGUUCCUCUGGGAGCUCCAGGGAUAGAGGAAGGAAACGAAGUCGAAGCAAAAGUGUAGAUGCUUCGCGGAGACACGACAAUAAGGAGAAGGAAAGGGAGAAAGAAAGGGAACGAGAGAGGGAUAGAGAUAGGGACAGGGACAGGGAAAAGGACAAAAAGAAGAGUAGUAAUUCUGUAGUCGACAAACCAAAACCCAAGGGACGAUCUAGAUCACCUUCACCACGUAGAAAACGCAGAGAAAGGUCACCCAUUCCCAGACCAACAAAAAUACAUAUUGGACAUUUGACUCGUAAUGUCACUAAGGAACAUAUUAUGGAAAUCUUUUCAACAUAUGGUCAGAUUAAAAUGGUCGAUUUUGCUAUGGAUAAGCUUCAUCCUAAUCAAGGACGAGGCUUUGCCUAUGUAGAGUUUGAAACAGCAGAUGAAGCAGAGAAUGCAAUGAAACACAUGGAUGGUGGACAAAUAGAUGGUCAAGAAAUCACUGCAGCUCCAGUAUUAUUACCAAAGCCACGACCGUUGCCGAUGCGGAGGAUGUCACCUUUGAUGGGAAGAAGAGCGCCACCUAGAUGGGGUGGCGGCGGAAGAAACACACCUCCGCGUUAUCGUAGACGUUCACCACCGAUGAAUCGUCGCAGAAGCCCACGUCCACCUAGACGCAGACCACGAACACGAUCUCGAAGUCCACCGAACAAUCCACGGCACCGACAUCGUCGCUAUACGAGAUCCAGCUCUAGCAGCUCUCGAUAGCAACCUUUGUACAUAUAAAGCAAGAACUGAAUUUGACCAAACGCGGUUCAACUCUGCCUGGUCGUCUUAAUAUAUUAAGCAAAACAA